GGGCAACGCCGCGGUAAAGUAUUCCAUAAAUCAUUUUAGAUAAGCCCUCUUUGUUAAUUGUAUUAAAUUAUUUUUUUACGCGUUAAAAACUGUUUUGAUGUACAAAAUUUCAACAAAAAAAAUAUAACGAAAUUUUAGUAUAAUUGCGUUUUAUAUCACAAUUUUUGGCAAAACUGCAAAUUGUGGUAUCUUUUUCUGAUAUAUGGAAACAGUCAAGGACGGAAGUGUAUAUUUUUGUGACGUUAACAUAACCCAACUUAUUUGCAAAUGUCAUAUAAAUGACUAAACAAUAAUAUAAAGUGUUUUUACUGUGUUUAGACGUGAUUUAUGCCUAAUAAUGAAGUAAUAUUGUCUUAUAAUCAACAUGGAGAACAUUUACAAUACCACAUAUUGUCCCCCGAAAAUCCAUAUAUGGGAUAUAUGGGUGGACCAUGGGACUUCUCAAUGCUUUAUGGAUACACUAACAUCUUCAGUUACAGCUUUAUUUAUAUUAAUUUUUGGUACAAUACAACUAGGAAUUUACUGGAAGUAUGGAAAUGAAAAUGUUAGACAUCAUCCACAAACCAAAAUGUACAAGUUGCAAAUAUUUUUUAUACUAUUGUUUCCAAUAUUAGAGAUUUUAAGAUUUGUGCUACAAGCAACUUUGUUUCAUGAUAAAACAAUUUAUGGUUACAUGGUUCUAUCUUUGUUUUUAAUAAUUUUCGCCUAUCCAUAUAGUUUGUUUAUAUUAGCAAUAGAAAGAAGGUUUUCUUUACCGAGUGUUCCUGCUAGAGGGCACGGUUUAGUUUUAUUAAUGUUUUGGACGAUGACGUUUAUUUUCGAAAACUUGGCUUUUUUGAAUUUAGGACAGAAACAAUGGUGGUUCAAGCUAAAAACUUUAACAGAUCAGAUAGAGAUGGCGCUGUUCGUAUUAAGAUAUUUAUGUUGCUUACUAAUGUUUAUAUUAGGUUUAAAAGCACCUGGAAUUAAUCCAAAUAUUGAUUAUUUAAGUCUAGGUGAACCAAGGACCAUUAAUGACACAACUGAUAAUUCUUCAACAUGGAAAAACGCCUACAAAAAAAUGAAAACUCUAGCGCCAUUUCUAUGGCCCAAAAGAGAUUGCUCUCUACAACUUAGGGUUAUGUUUUGUUUUUUGCUAUUGGCUUUUGGCCGUGUGGUAAACUUGUACGUUCCCAUCUAUAACAAAAUGAUCGUUGACAGUAUGACUCUGGACGAGAAAGAUCCCAGCAAAAAAUUAGAGUUUAGAUGGGACUGGGUGGCAAUUUAUGUUGCGUUUAAGUUUUUACAAGGGGGCGGUACUGGGGGAAUGGGUUUUUUGAAUAAUUUACGUAAUUUUUUGUGGAUUAGGAUACAGCAAUACACCACUAGGGAAGUCGAGGUGGAAUUAUUUAAACAUUUACAUGCCUUAUCGUUAAGAUGGCAUUUACAGAGAAAAACUGGGGAGGUUUUGAGAGUUAUGGACAGAGGAACUGAUAGUAUAAAUAAAUUAUUAAACUAUAUAUUGUUUUCAAUAGCUCCUACCAUUAUUGAUAUAAUCAUAGCCGUUAUUUUCUUCAUUACAUCUUUCAACUUAUGGUUUGGAUUAAUAGUAUUUGUUACGAUGCUUCUAUAUAUUAUUGCAACAAUAACUGUGACGGAAUGGCGUACAAAAUUCCAAAGAAGAAUGAAUUUGGCAGAUAACGAAACAAGAGCUCGAAGUGUGGAUUCCUUACUUAAUUUUGAAACUGUUAAAUAUUACAGUAACGAGAAAUUUGAGGUUAAAGCCUUCAAGGACGCUAUUUUGCAUUAUCAGAAAGAAGAAUACAAGUCUAUUUUAACCCAAAACAUCCUAAACUCGGUUCAAAAUCUCAUCAUAUGUUCAGGACUUUUGGUGGGCAGUGUAUUUUGCGUUUAUUUGGUUGUUGAAAAAGGCGAACUAAAAGCUGGUGACUACGUUCUUUUUGCCACAUACAUAGUACAACUUUACGUACCAUUAAACUGGUUUGGAACAUAUUAUAGGCAAAUUCAAAAGAACUUUGUGGACAUGGAAAACAUGUUUGAUUUGUUGAAAGAACCCCAAGAAAUCAUCGAUGCGCCCGGCGCCACUGACAUUUCCGUUAAAAGAGGGGCUGUGGAAUUCAACAACGUCACUUUCGGUUACAUACCCGAACGCCUGGUGCUAAAAAACGUCACUUUUUCCGUACCUCAAGGAAAAACUGUUGCUUUGGUUGGUCCAUCUGGUAGUGGUAAAAGUACUAUUAUUAGAUUGCUGUUCAGAUUUUAUGAUGUUGAGACUGGUUCUAUAGUUAUUGACGGACAAAAUAUCAAAACAGUUACACAGGAAUCUUUAAGGGGAUCUAUAGGGGUGGUACCACAAGAUACAGUACUUUUUAACAAUACCAUAAUGUAUAACAUCAAAUAUGGCCGUUUAACAGCCGAAGAAGCGGAAGUAAUUGAAGCUGCGCGCGCAGCUGAUAUACACGAUCGCAUCAGCCGGUUCCCAGAAGCGUACGAAACAAAAGUUGGGGAAAGAGGUUUAAGAUUGAGUGGGGGUGAGAAACAACGUGUUGCCAUUGCGAGGACUUUACUAAAGGCCCCGCAAAUUGUUUUACUUGAUGAAGCCACCAGUGCUUUGGAUACACAAACUGAAAGAAACAUACAGGAAUCCCUUAAUAAAAUGUGUGUAAAUCGUACAACUAUUAUAGUAGCGCAUAGAUUAUCAACUAUUAUUCAUGCUGAUGAAAUUUUGGUCUUACGAGAUGGAGAAAUAGUAGAAAGAGGACGACAUGAACAUUUGAUUGGACAAGAAGGGGUCUAUGCAAAUAUGUGGAAACAACAAUUAGAAGCCAAAGAAGAGAAACCAUCUAUAGAAAAUAGUUUGGAAAAAUCAGAUAGUUAAGAAAAUCGACUGGAUAAUACAAAAAAAUAUGAAUGAUUUUUUAAAAAAAUGCACGCUUUUAUCAUUUGGUAAAGGUGCGAAAUAGUGGGUAUAUUAUGGUACAUAAAAUAUCAUGAAAAUAAGUUAUAAGUUAUUUUAUAUAAUAAAAAAUACUUUAUUUAUAA